GGCGGUAAAGCCUUUGUUCCAAUAUUUCUCUAUUUACCCGCUAAGGCAAAUUGAGGGUUUAAUCGAUGGGAAGGAGAGCGAUUCAUCUCUGAUCUCAUAGUCAUGGCGGAAGCAUCUGGCAAGAAGCGGUCGAGAGACGAGGAGGCGUCUGGCGAUGGCGAGGGAGACUGCGAUGGAACGCAGGGACUAGAAAGAAGCUUAAUAUUUAAUGACACAUUAAUAGCGCUGAGAAUGAUGCGUGCACAAUUUCCAAAAAUUGAAAAGGUUGCACAGCAGCCUUUUAUUUUGCAGUCUCAGCUCUAUAGCAGCAUAAAGGAUAGGACACAAGUAGAUAGAGACUUGGAGUCACUGAAGAAAGAGAAGAUUCUGCGACUGUUCAAAUUAAAUACAGGUCAGGAUGACCAUGCAAUAAUGUUUUUUGAAGAUUAUAUAAACCAGAUGGAUAUUGCGGUGAAGAAGUUAGGUGCCAGAAGUACGCAUGGUAUUGAAGUUUUUGAGUGGUUCAAAAAUCAUGUAAUUGAAUGCAAGCUGGAUGUGAGCAUAGAUCAUCAAGAGUUGCUCAUUCUGUUGUCAGCUGGAGGUGAGGUGCAAGAUGAGGAUAUAACACUUCUAAUCAAUGCCGGUCUUCUUACUCGCCAAAUGAUUGACCCGAAUAUGUACUGGUUUGCAAUUCCAUACAUUGGCUCUGUACUCAAAGGUCUGUCCCAGAAUUUUGAUGAAAUGUCCUUUUUUGUGGAAAAUGUAUGGAUGCUUUGUCGGUGA